AUGGUGGGCGAGCAGGUGCGGCAUAUGCUUGCCGUCCGCGACGCCAGGAAGAAAGAAACUGCCGAGCUACUUAAACGCCUCAAUGGGGAAAGUGACUUUUCUGUGGAGGAUACGUUUGGUGACUGCAAUGAUGGCAGCCUUGAGAGUCUCCAGGCUCGUAAAGUUGCAUUGUUUGUCUCAAAGUCAAUUGUCAGCCUGUCUUCUUUUGCAGGAGGAAAGAGGAUCCGUGUUUGCUCGGGAUUUGUGAUGCGCCAAAAAGACGAUACCGAUGCAAAUAUGAUUUUAACCUCAGCAACACUUGUUAGAUCUCUGAAUGGAGAUAACAAUGUGAUCUCUGACGUGACGGUCAAGGUGCUUCUACCUGAUUGGCGAAUAACCGAUGGCCAUAUCCUUCUUGUGGAUUUUCACUAUAAUGUAGCUGUUGUCAAAGUUGAAACUGAUUUACCAGUCUUAGAAGAAGGCACUACCAACAAUGGAGUUGUGUUAGCACUUGGACGUGCAUAUGAAGGUGGUUAUCUCAUGUGUUCACGGGGUCAAGCUGUAAACCAAAAAAGCACUUUUGAGUGUUUGGAGCUAUUGGUGUCAAGCUGCGAAAUAUCCAUGGCUGGUUCUGGAGGACCUCUUGUCAAUUACAAUGGUCAAGUUCUCGGUAUGAACUUCUAUGAAGACAAUCAAACAUCGUACCUUCCAAUGUUAAUUGUUUCAAGGAUCCUGGAACAACAUCAGAGCUUCGGGAAAUUAAUUAGCCCUUGGCUUGGAUUAAGGUAUACUUCUCUUCAUAUGGUGUCACUGACAACCCUGGAGCGUAUCUAUCAAAAAUUCCCAGAUGUUGACCAAGGUUUAUAUGUUUCAAAGGUUGUUGAUGGAUCACCUGCUGAUGUUGCUGGGUUAUGUGUCGGUGAUGUUAUUGUAAAAUGCGGUGAAAAAGUUCUUCUGACUGCUCCAGAGUUUGGUUCAAUGUUAUUGGAUGCUGCGGUGGCCCAUGUUGAAUCCUUUGGAGGUUGUGAUGGAGACAUGAUAAUUGAGGUUGCGAUAAAGCGACGAAGAGAUGGCAACACACUAUCAAAAACUAUAGUUGUGGAGAUGCUGAAAGAGAACAAUUAUAACAGGUGGCCUGCGCCGAUGCCAACCUACAAGAUGCGUGUUAUAAAUGUCACACCGCGUGGCAUAGGCAGCUACUAG